AUGGCAGAUAUCUCAGUCCUCGUGAUCGGCGCAAGCGGCGCUUUUGGAAAGCCUCUCAUGGAUGAGCUUGUACGCCAGCGACACCAGUUCAAGCGCAUCGCCAUCCUUGCAACCCCUGAGAGAGCCAGCAAAUUCAGCGAUUCCGGCGUCGAAGUAGUUGUGGGUUCAUUCUACGAAGUGAAGUCAUAUCGAGGCUUCACACAUGUCAUAUCAGCAGUCGGGAACCCCCUUAUGGUUCUGCAACCUGCCAUGGUUGAGGUUGCUGUCGACGCCGGGGUUCAGCAUUGGUACGCCUCCGAAUGGAACAGCGACAUUGCGCAACGCCAGAUUCAAAACCUGCGCUAUUUCCGGGACAAACAAGCUGUAAGGGCUUAUCUACGUGGCAAAGCCGCUCAAACCCCUGGCUUCCAAUACACCCUCAUGGUCACCGGGAUCUUCACGGAGUGGGCGCUCGAUGAGUUCUAUGGGUUCGACCAUGAGAAGCUCACAGCAAAGUUGUACGGCCGGCCUGGUGCGAGGAUUGGUGUAACGAGCAUCCCCGACAUCGCGCGGUACACCAUUGAUUCGUUACGGAUUCCGUUCGAAGGUCCAGGCCGCACACUGCGGGUGCAAGGCUGGACAGGCAAGAUCGAAGACUUGAUUGGCGAACUGGAGCAGGUGAGGAAGGUCAAGUACCAAGUCACCUGGGAGGACGUGUCUGUGGCGACCGACCUCGAAGAGCAGGCCCGAGCGAACGAGGACGACUUGUCGGAGAUGAUGUACAGUAUCAAGACGUUGCUGGCCAGUGGAUACGGCGUUGCGGACGGGGUUGGCAAGUUGGACAACCGGCUCUUUGACUUCAAACCGGAGACGCCGCAAGAGACCUUUACCCGUGUCUUCAAGGCGCGGAUCUAG